UACGUCAUUGUUCUCAUUCAUUCACUCAUUGGGGAAAUCCUAAUCAUAUUUUAUUAUCAUUUUGUACUUUUAGACUAAAUACGUUUUUAAAUUCAAAGUUCAGUGUGACUAACAGUCUUUGUUUUAAUACGGAGAAAACACUACGUUCUGUUAUUGAUUAACUGUUUCUUGGGUUGUGAUUUUAUUGCUGUCUAUUAGAAGUGUUUAUAGUUCGUCACAAUGGCUAGUAAUACUCCGUCCGCUCCAAGCGACCUUCCACCCGCGUAUUCAGAGGUCGUCGGUAAUCCGCAGUACGGGUUCGUGGCUCCAGAGGGUUCGUUCGCAGAUCCUCACGCUGCGUACAAGCCGUCGUUUACCCCAGCGGGGGUGUACCCGCACCCGCCCAGCGGGGCCACGACGGCACAACCCCAGCCGGGCGUGCCGCCGCCACCGCCGGGCGCCGUUCCCGUGGGGAUCGUACUGCCGCAGGCGGUGGGCAGCGAGCCAACGACCAUCACCUGCUUCAACUGUGGCAAAGUAGUCACCACCAGAGUUACAUACACAACAGCCUGGCAUACCCAUUUAGUAGCUGGUUCAGUGUGUGUUAUCACAAUGGUGUGCUCUCUGUGCUGCCUCGGGCUGGUGCCAUAUUGCUUCGACACAUUCAAGGACGCGGAACACUACUGCCCCAACUGCAACACAUUUGUCGGAAAGAGCAACAAAUGCUAAACAUUCUUAUGAAUUUUUACCCUCUUACGAGUUGACAAUAGCAAUGACUCAUUAACUAA